GGAACUGUUGCGCAAUCCUUGCAUAAUCAACCGGUGUUAAAUGAAUGCAAGAGUCAGAGUCCUGAGUCCAGAGUCAGAAAGACUGUUGAACACCGUUCCCAAUCUGAAUUAUUCAAUUAUGCCGCCGUUACCUACUCCGUUAUCUUUUGGCCGUCAACUCCGACAAUGGUCAAUUACUGUUGUAUAAAAAUAUUUAAGGAAUAUAUGCAACAACCAACAAGCACAGCUCUUGCAGGAAGAGCAAAAGCUUCGCGCCUUCGUCUACUCUACUCUCUCUCUCUCACUCUCUCCCUACGCAAGCAAAUCCAUGGCUUUUGAAACUUGAAACGAUACUGAGAAAUCAAACGAGUAAGAUUCUGUAAUGGAACUCUUCUGCAAGGUUGUGCUCGUUCUAUCUCUUCUUGUAGUUUUCGCGGAAUCUAGUUGCAAUACUACUGACAGGGAGUUGAUCUCGAAAGCCUUUCACUCCGUAACCGGAUUUGACGUCUCGCUGUUGGAAUCUGGAGAUGGGGACUGCUUGAAUCCUUCAAUUAAGGAAAUAAGGCUUCCCUCGAGAAAUCUGAAUGGAUCUGUUUUAUGGAAUUUUCUUCGGAAUCUGACGCAGUUGCAAUAUAUUGAUCUCUCCGACAAUUCACUGAAAGGGUCUGUUCCAUCUGGGUUUUGGUCUAUGCCGAGCCUUGUUGAAGUCAAUCUCGCGAUGAAUCGACUUGGAGGCAGUAUUGGUUUCGAGCCCAUGCCGAGAAACGCUUCAGGUUCCUCUUUGUCGUCGAUUCAGAAGUUGAAUCUCUCGCACAACAGGUUCACCAAAGUGCAUCUGUCGGGAUUCUUGAACCUGGAAGUGCUCAACCUGUCGCAUAACGAUCUCAGAGUUUUGCCUUCUGGGUUGGAGAAGCUCGCGAAGCUCGUGUCCCUCGACCUCUCAAGUUGCAAUAUUUCAGGGAGCGCCAAGCCUAUCACCAACCUUCGCUCGUUACAGUACCUGGACGUCUCUAACAAUGCCAUGAACGGUAACUUCCCAUAUGAUUUUCCUCCGCUUCUCAGUCUCAAGUUCUUGAACGUGUCUGUAAAUAACCUCACCGGGCAGGUCGGUUCAGACAAAUUGAAAAAAUUCGGUAACUCUUCGUUCAUUCAAGCCGGUAACCUCAAUAUUUUGGAAACCCCGAAAGUCCCUUUUAGAACACAGUCGACACACCUCAGUUCCAGAGGUUCACCUCCGAAACAACCCGAAAAACACAAACCCAGCACCGAACACAUCAAAAACAAGAAAUCCAAUUCAAAAACUAGAGCUCUGUCUCUGAGUUUAGCCAUUGGAGGUUCAUUCGUCGUCCUCUCCAUGGCUGUUUCCAUAGCUUGCGUGUACCGGAAGAAACAGAUAGCCAGGAGGAAGAAGUGGGCGAUCUCGAAACCGAUCCAGUUGCCGUUUAAGAUCGACAAAUCGGGACCGUUUUCGUUCGAGACCGAGUCAGGGACGUGGGUGGCGGACAUUAAAGAGCCGUCCUCGGCACCGGUAGUGAUGUUCGAGAAACCUUUGAUGAGUCUUACGUUCACGGAUCUGAUUGCUUCCACGUCACACUUCGGGAAGGAAUCUCAGCUGGCCGAAGGGAGAAGUGGGCCCGUAUAUAGAGCGGUGCUGCCAGGUGACAUCCACGUGGCAAUCAAGGUCUUGGAGAAAGCUCGAGAUGUGGGACACGACGAUGCCGUUGCCAUGUUCGAAAAUCUAUCUCGGCUUAAACACCCAAACCUCUUGCCUCUCGCUGGCUACUGCAUUGCAGGCAAAGAGAAGCUGGUGAUGCACGAAUUCAUGGCGAACGGCGAUCUGCACCGUUGGCUCCACGAGCUUCCGACGGGGAUCACCAACGUGGAAGACUGGAGCAUGGACACGUGGGAGCAUCAGAACGAUGGAGGAACUGGAUCCGACGUGGCCUCUCCAGAGAAGCUAGGCUGGAUUACGCGCCACCGGAUCGCAGUAGGAAUCGCGCGGGGCCUCGCCUACCUGCACCACGCUAGCUCGAAGCCGGUGGUCCACGGUCACCUGGUGCUGUCCAACAUUCUCCUCGCAGACGACUUCGAACCGCGAAUCGCCGAUUUCGGUUUCCGAUGGGACGAAGAGAACGGGAGCACCGAAGCGGACGUAUACAGCUUCGGGGUCGUGUUGAUAGAGCUGCUGACGGGGAAGCCCGGGACGGAGGAGACGGUGAGUUGGGCUCGAGGGUUGGUGAAGGAGAGACAAGGGCUGAAGGCGUUGGACCCGAGGUUGAGAAUCGGGAAUGACUCAGUGAUGGUGGAGAGUCUCCGAGUUGGAUAUUUGUGUACGGCCGAGUCGGGCAAGAAAAGACCCACGAUGCAACAGGUCGUCGGUCUGCUUAAGGACAUACAUCCGACGACGCAUUAAAGUUGAGUUGACUCAUCGUGGUUAUUGUUUCGGCGUAGCAAAGUUCCAACGAACCCCAGCCAUCUCUCACUCCAUCUCUUCGUUGUCUUUUUUAUUUAUUUUAUUAAUUUCGUUAUGAAAAUGUUUUUUGUAAUAUAAAAAUACUAAAAAAAAAAAUGAAGGAGAGCGUGAAGCAGAUGAAGCGUGGAGAUGGAAAGUUAGGGUGUUGUACGUCUUUCUGGACCUGCAGUGCAGAGAAUCCCACUAAUUACUUGUCUCUUCUGAGAGGGGGAGCAUCUGAUUCGGGUCCAUUCUUCUUUUUUCCUCUCUUUUCUA